GGAGUACACUCUGCUGAGGGAGCCUGUCUGCUGUCACACGUGUCUGCCCUCACCUCCUCUGUACUCUAGCUUCACAGGAGACAUACAGCCCUCACCUCCUCUGGACCUACAGGACAUCUAUGAGAUCUGGCCUCUCAAUCUCUACACCUCUUUUCUGAUUAACCUAAUCUACAAAGAAUCUGAUCCAAAUACAAAGCCUUCCGAGGGAAACUCGAUGGCAGAGGUUGUGGAAACACUUGGAAAGAACACAAUGAUACAUGCUGUAUGAAGUGAAAGAAAAUCCUUCCUGGGAGGAAAAUGGUGUGUUUGAAAAGCACGGGGCUCAUCGUAUCCACACUCAAGGUCAGUUCCUGGCUAAGGGAAGAGGAAAUCCUUGUGCUCUGUGGGAUGAGAGUUCAACUGUGGUGCAUUAGCUGAUCAUCUCCCCCUCCACCUGCUCCCCAUUUCAUCAUCGACACACUAUGUGGAUGUUAUCUUUAGCCGUAUGGAUUCUCAAUGUCACAAAUCUCACUCAUGGAUAUGACUAUGAUGAGUAUUACCCAGGCGAGGAGGAAACCAAGGCCCCGCUGGUUGGGGAGGGACUCAGUGAUUUAGACACAGUGUCCAAUGUGGACGAGCUGGUGGAGCUGUUGUAUCCAGAGUACAGUCUGGUGCAGCAUUGCCUACGUAGGAAAACCCAGCGCACCUCCACUCCUCUCCAUGCUGAAGACGAUGUCUGGGCCUGGGGCAAGCCCAGGGAGGGUGCACUGUACAAGUCUGACAAAGGCACCUUUGACGUUAUUCUGGAGGAGAUCCAGCGUACCAUGUGUAGUCCUCGGGAGGUGUGUCUGGAGGUGUCUAAAGAGUACCCAGAGAGCACCAGUCACUUCUACAUGCCUCGCUGUGUGUCUGUGCACCGCUGUGGGGGCUGCUGUACCCACGAGGGUCUGUACUGCACCAACACCAGCCAUACUUACAGCAACAAGACGCUGCUGGAGAUGAGUCACCGUGAACACUCUGUGGUGAUGGUGGCGUUCGUCAACCACACGUCCUGUGAGUGUCUGUCCAAGAGGCCCCAGCACUCCGUCAUCAGGAGGGCUGCUGCAGCCCACCUCACCGUGUGUUCUCCGCCAGAUGUUCCCUGCAGUACAGGACUGGUCUGGGACCCCACCAGCUGCCUGUGUGUUCCCAUAGACACAAGCUUCUUCUCUGAGAGAGAGCUGGAACCCCUGGAGUCGGCCUUGCUGGCGCUGUGUGGCCCCAACAAAGACCUGGACGAGGACAGCUGUGAGUGUGUGUGUGAGAACGGUCUGACAGAGGCCAGCUGUGGGCCGGGCUGGCGUCUAGACCAGGCGUCCUGUGAGUGUCUCUGUGAGGACCAGCCCGCCCCGGGGACCUGCCCACCCAACCAACGCUGGGACCCAGAGCUGUGUGGCUGUGUGUGCCGGGCAGAGUGCCCCCGUAGCCAGCCUCUCAACCCAGAGACGUGCCUCUGCCAGUGCAGGGAUAGCCCUCAGACCUGCCUGCUAGAGGGCAAGAGGUUCAACGCACACAACUGCAGCUGUUACCGGCUGCCGUGCAGAAAGCCACACAACAGCUGUCCAACAGGCUUCUACUACAGCCACUACGUCUGCCAGUGCAUACCCAACCACAUGAGGUCAGGGGAGUGGAACUGACAAAGCUGGUGUUACCAGCACGGGUGUUAACAGCACUGGUGCCAAACUCUAGGGUCAAUGUACUGUAACUGUAUGGUGGAAACGAGGCGGUGUGUUUGCAAUGUAGAGCCGGUAGAUGGAGGCUAGACUAGGGGAAUGCUUUUUGAUGAAUUCUCCUGAUAGGCCAAGAGGCUCUCCAUCUUCAGACCAGGGAACAUACAAUGAAGCACACAACGAUUCAGUCGUCUAGAUACUGCAGGUCAUGGUCUGAAUCAUGGACGUUAUUGACAUUGCCUCAGAUUCAUUAUGUGUGGCUGUUAAAAUGAGAAGGAAAAAAAUGAUUUCAUUCCAUAAAAUGAAAUCAUUUUCAAUUAUCUGAAAUUGAUAUUUAUUGCAAGUGACCUUGCAGCUCUCCGAGAUGACGAUGAUGUAACUGGGAAGAAACGCCCUGACAUGAGAAGGAAGACAAAAGACUGAAAUGUAAAGGCCAUGCAUAUACUGUAUUGUACAAAACGUGUGACUGUAGUCAGUGGUGGCUGUGAAUGAAAAGUGUGUUUUUAAUGUCAUAUCCUAUUUGUAUUGUAUUUAAAAUACACGCUAUUGAUAAAAUAAAAUAUAAACUUGAUUGGC